AUGGCGACGAAGGAAGCCCUAUGGGCCCAAGGUCAUGAUGAGGACGUCGAGGUCAACCAGCGCGCGCUGAUUGACAAGGUGCUCGCAAGGUAUUCUGGAGAGUUCACCGUCUUUCGAGAACUCUUGCAGAACUCGGACGACGCUAGAGCGGGUCGCGUCGAGAUACACUUUCGGACAGAGGCAUAUCAUACUCGGCAAGAGUCCGGCACGACCUCUACAAGCGAAGCAGACGGCACCGAGAGUCAUGCUACGGAGAAACUGCCGGAUUUGAAGUCAGCGGCUGUGCACCAUUGGAUAUUCAAGAAUGACGGAGACUUCUUCGACGCAGAUGGAUGGAGUAGACUGAAGAAGAUUGCCGAGGGCAACCCGAAUCAAGAGAAGAUUGGCGCUUUUGGUGUCGGUUUCUACAGUCUCUUCUCUGUCACUGAAGAACCAUGGGUCACUUCCGGUCCUUCAUGGAUGGCCUUCCAUUGGAAGGACAAUAAAGACCAGCUUCUCGUACGCAGAGGUCCAUCCUUUGUCCCGGAGGGCGCAUCUCCCGACCCUUGGACUACGAUCAAGAUGCCUCUGCGCGAACCCGGCCCCAUUCCAUCUGCCUUCGACUUCACGCGCUUCUUAGCUUCCUCGAUAACCUUCAUGACCUACCUCAAAGAAGUCAACGUGUUCUUCGAUGACAAACGGCUGGUACGCAUCACGAAGGAUUUGGCUUCUCCUCAGUCGCUACCACUGCCUCGGGGCCUGAGAGCGACCAGCCCUCAGGGCAUUAUGAAGGUUACCAGAUUCCAGACAUCACAACUUGACAUCCAGGCUGAAGUCGUCCGCUGGGUCUAUCAAGUCGGCACCGAGAAGCCAGAGCAGCCGAAGACUACGGCUCGAGCUCCCGUCCCGCAAACCGGCGGCUUCUUUGCCUCCCUAUUCUUGGGCUUCGGUGGAUCCAGCACCCCGCAACGUGUCGUUACACCUCAACCGCCCCCACUUGCUUCGGGGAUCGACCUCCUUGAGGUGGUCUCUUCAGGCGUACGACUGACCAUCUUCACGGCCUCGGUGGAAUCGAAGCUAGACCGCAAACUCGAAGGCGAGAUCCAGCGCUCGAUGCAGAAGAAGCCUCCCGCGCGCUUGAGUUACUCGCUUAUCUAUACAGGCAAGGGUGCAUUCGAUGCCAGCAUGAAGGAGGACGAGAAGAUCAAGGGCUCUGGGAGCGUGUUUCAAGGCCUUCGAGCUGAUCUUGAAGGCACUGGAGCAGCUCGUGUCUACAUUGGGCAUGCGACAGGACAGACCACUGGCCUGGGUGGCCACAUGUCUUCAAGGUUCAUUCCGACCGUCGAGCGAGAGUCGAUCGACCUUGUGGACCGACAUGUCGCUAUCUGGAAUCGGGAGCUCCUAUAUGUCGGUGGCUUUCUCGCGCGCUCCGGUUACGAACGCGAGAUGGCCACCAUACAGGAGAAGUGGACGGCCGCGAUCUCUGAGCCGGGAGGUCGACUCGAUCCUGAUAUGAUCAAAUGGCUUCAGGAGGAGGCUCUACACGCUAUGAAGUUCUUCAGCUUUUAUCCUUCUACACCUUCCUCGCGCGUCUCUGCCGACCUGGAGGCCGCAUUCUUCGACUGUGGCGCGAACGUACCAUUCCCUAUCAUCUCAUCGGAGGGUGUCGUCGACGUGAAGAAGACACGCCUUCCUGAUAAGGAUUUGUCAUCGUUCUUGCCACGCCUCCCCACGCUAUCCGACGAGGUCCAGGAUGGUGCUCCGCGCAUGAUACAAUCAUUGAGCGCACGGCGCAUGAUUUUGGAGGCCACGCCUGACGACGUCGUAGCGCAACUUCAAGAUCGCCCGCUCACGGAAACUGAAGCUGUUGCCUUCCUGAAGUGGUGGAUUGCCGGCACGAAGCGUGGCAAGGCGCCAGAGAGGUUACGCGAUAAGUUGCUAAACGCAACUGUCGUAUCUCUCUCCCCGGACAAAGUGAUUCCGCUCUCGUGGAUCAAGAAGUUCCUCAACGCGAAGAGAACCGGCGCUCUCAUCCCCACCGACGGACCAUUGCCCAGUAGCCUUCUCCCUGUCUCGAUCAGUAGAAACUUCGAUCCCGACGUCCUCUUCAGUGUAUUCCCUUGGUCCGAGUUUACCGUGCUCGAUUGGCUUAAGCAUAUCGUCGACCCAGCUGUAUGCAAGAACGACCCAGAACACGACCUCACGCUCUCACCGCAAUGGUCUGAGCGUGUUCUGAACGUUCUAGCGAGAACGUGGCCCAACUUAGCAAACCCCCGCCAGGAGGAGGUGGUCGCGCUUUUGAAGCCUAAAGCCUGCAUACCAACAAACGCCGGGCUUAGGCUUGCCGAUCAGGCGUACUUCCCCUCGGUCAACCUGUUCAAGGACCUUCCCGUCUUGACACUGCCCUCCGGAGGGCAAGUGAAGCGCGACCUUGAGAAAGUGCUGCAAGCUUUGGGUGUUCGCAAGCACGUCGAGUUGCAAAUGGUGUUUGACCGUAUGAUCAAGACAGGAGAUUGGACCAUCGUUGACCUUGUCAAGUACCUCACGAGUGUUCAAUCAACGCUCAGUGGAGACGAACUGCAACGCCUCAAACACACCUCGGCGUUCUUGAAAGAAGCCGAUAAGGACGCCGAAGUCGCCGGCCAGAAGCCUGCGACGAAGGUGCCACGCUUCAAGGCCAGCGAGUUAUACGAGCCGUCAGAUGCGUUGCGCGCGCUCGGUCUACCCAUCAUCGCGUGGGGUAAAGAGCAUCGUUGGAAGGCGUCUUCGGACGAAGCCAAAUUCUUAUUCUCGCUUGGCCUCAAGCGGUCCCCACCGGUCGCGGAUGUAUUGAAACUGGCAGCUGGUCCUGACGCUGCGAUUCGCGAAAAGGCGCUUCAGUAUUUUGUUGAUAACUUCCCGAAGUACUCCGGGCAGUACGAUCCGCAUGAGUUCAAGGACCUGGCGUUUAUCCCGGCUAUUGGCAAGAUGGGGAGCCAUUUGGCGAAGCCCAGAGAAGUCUUCUCCGCCACUGAGUGGUCUACAAUGGGUUUCGCCGUUCUUGCGCCGAGUGUCAAGGAACAUGCCACCCAGCUUGGAGUUAGCGAGAACCCGCCGACUGCCCGACUGGUUACCUUGCUUGAGCAGUCGCCUCCGCCGGACCAGACCAAGGCCACACAGUGGUUCCAACUCCUCGCCGGGCGCAUUCCUGAAUUCUCUAAUGCAGAGAGGGAUAGAUUAUCAACCACAGCGUUCAUACCUUGUCAGGGCACCGGAGAGAAAACUGCGGUCAUCAAGCACGUCUCCCCGAGCCAAUGUUACUUCUCCGGCGCCUCUAGCACCGGCUUCCACGCCCUCAUCUUCACCUUCGUCGACUUCGGUUCCCGCGCAAACAGCUUCCUGGCAUUCUGCGGCACGAGGCAGGAGCCCUCCGUGGAGGAAAUCGUGCAGAAUCUGCUCAACAACCCUCGGCAGUUCUUCACGAUGGCUGGUGGACGCGACGGUUAUCAGCACGAACUCAAGCAGGUCGCAUUGAACCGACGUCAACUAUCGAAGUCGACUGCGACGCGCCUCUCCCGAUCAGCCGUGCUCCUGGCAUCACGCCGCGUCAGGAAGAGCGACAAGGAGAAACGUGAUAGUGAUGGAGAUGACGAAGAUUGGGACCUUCAGUAUGAUCUCCUGCGCCCAAGCGAGAUCGUCAUAGCGGAUGAUCCGAAUGCAUACCAGCUCUUCGGCGAUACAGUAUACUCCGCACCGCAGGACGAUCUUCUAGAGGACUUCUACAUGGCUCUCGGAUCUCGCCGACUGAGUAGCCUUGUUCGCGAGUCGUACCAGACCACGCGGGAGAUCAAGUCGCCCGAGUCGGCGCGAGUCCGGCGGCUAAUCCUCGAGCGGCUGCCGCUGUUCUUGCACGAACACUCGUCUUCGAAGAUGAAAGUCUCAUUGGGAUGGCUUCAGAAGGAGCAGAACUUCAUCGUCGAGACGUAUGGGAAGCUUUCUGUCACGAAGUCAUUGAACUACGGCAGCGUCUCCGCGUCUCGUCCCGUUGAGGCAUCCGCUGUCGCGCGUCAGGACGGCAACGGCCCUAUCCGCCUAUGGCUGGCUCACAACACCGACGUGGACAUGUAUGAGGUAUCGACAUCCAUGUGUCGUUGCUUGUUCGACGCACCCAAGGCCAAUGACGUCCUGCUUUUCAUGACCAUACUCUCGACGGAUCUGAGUGCCUUGAAACGCAGAGGCUACAAUGUUGAUCGCAUUCUUCGGCGUCAGCAAGAAGAGCGGGAGGCUCUCGUGAAGGCUGCGAAAGAGGCUGCCGCUGCAGACUCACAGCAACUCGUGUUGGCGUCAGACAAGAAGAGACAACCAGAACCUGUGAUGCAGUCCAAGCCCCAAGCCAUUGCUGCUCUUCCACCACCGCCACCGCCACAGCAUACUUCAGGAGCUGUGCCGUCUCUUCCCCCAAUGAACAUGCCACUUCCGCCAAACGCGAAUCGCUUGUCGUCAAUCCUUCAGAACGUCAAGCAGAAGGUGUCACGGCGCGACGGCGAAUCCCGACCUUCUAUUGAGGCGCCCCCAGAGCCGGUUGGUGGAGGAGCCCUGGUGCCGGCCGGUCCUGCGCGAGACUUCACAAAACCACCGCAACCAGGACCGGGAGUCACGCCUCAGAGCAACAUUGACUCAAACAUCCAGACGGCGAUUAGGGCUUGCUCGGAGGAGAGGAGCAACGUUCUGCAAACGCGUCAGCAGAUGCAGAUGGUCAAGGAGACGCAGAACGAGGGCUACUGUGAUGUAUCUGGGCACGUCGGCAAGCUGGAGAUCAUCGGUCAAGUGAGCGGCAUGAAAGUCUACGCUACCCCCGAUGUACCGAACAGGAUGGCCCUUGUGCAGCAGAAGCAAGCGGUGCUCCAAAGCUUCUUCGACAUCCUUCAGGCCUUAUGCGGAGUAUUCCAGCUGCCUAUGAACUCACUCUCCAUCUUCGUCGACCAGGAGGGACCUCUCAUUGCGUUCAAUCGCAAUGGCAGCUUGUUCGUGAACCUCAGGUACUACGAAGCAUGGCAUAACUCAGAGGCUCAGCAUGGCCAGACAGCUCAGGCUUACAUCUCUUGGUACUUCACGCUCGCUCAUGAGAUUGCUCACAAUCUCGUCCAACCUCACAACUCAGAGCACGAGUUCUACUUCUCUUCGAUCUGCGAAAAGUUCUUGCCGCAGUUGGCUAUGCUGCUGUGA